AGUGCUAACCCUAGGUGGGGCUUAAACAAAAGUGGGAUGAUCUCGUCUCCAAAGCGCUUACAUAUCGAUGACACAUGUCAAAUCCUCUGGAAGCUCAUGGUAAACUAGCCGAGAGAGACAGGGACACCACAGAGCCGCACCGGGCACAGGAUAUCAAAGCAUGUCCACUUGGAAGGUGGCUGUAAUUAUUGGGCUGGGAGUAGGUGCAAUGCUUAUCAUGCAAAGCGGAGACCUGCUGGACUCGGUAGGCAACGGGUACCCUAUAUGGAGGGAAACGGGGCUGCUCGCGCGGGCUGUGGUCUGCAUCAUCGCCGUGUUUUCCCUCCUCGCCAUUGGCUGGCUGCACGGGCUGCUCUUCAGUCCCCUGGAGCUGCUUAGGGGGCCCGACGAUGUGGGAUACAUCGCCGAGGACGGUCGCUCCAGAGCCCAGGCGGCGAACGAGGUCCGCCGCAGGAGGAAAACCGGAGAGCUGCCUCCGGUCUAUCCGAACGGCUGGUACCGAGUGCUGGACUCACACAUGCUGAAGAGGGCCGAGGUCAAAAGUGCAUCUGUUCUAGGUGAGCAGGUGGCAGUGUUUCGGGACCAGGAUGGGAAAGCCUACGUGGUAGAUGCCUACUGCCCUCACCUGGGUGCCAAUCUGGCUGUGGGAGGACGGGUGGUGGGAAGCUGCAUAGAGUGCCCAUUUCAUGGAUGGCAGUUUCGGGGGAAUGAUGGCAAGUGUGUGAGGAUCCCUUAUGCAGAUAAAGUGCCAGAGUUCGCCAAGGUGCGCUGCUGGCCCAGCUGUGAGGUCAACAGGCAGAUCCUGGUUUGGUUUCACUGUGAUAAAGAAGAUCCUCAGUGGAGCGUUCCAGAGCAGCAGGAAAUUACAAAGGGCGAGUGGGUCUAUCGGGGCAGAACGGAACAUUUUAUCAACGCUCACAUAGAGGAGAUCCCUGAAAAUGCAGCAGACAUCGCCCACCUCGCCCACCUUCACACACCGGGCAUUUUAAGUGGAGUAGAUCUGCGCUACACCUACAGCAAAACCUGGGAGUUUGUGCGGCAUGACUGGAAGGUUCAAUGGGAACCAGAGCCAGAGCCCAACAAACAUUGUUCUCAGAUGUUGGUGAAACAUGCGCUGACUGUGUUUGGAUGCCACUGGUCUCUGCUGGACAUUUGUGUCGUGGCAAGACAGGUGGGUCCAGGAGUGGUGUUCCUGCAGUUUGAACACAGUUUCUUGGGCCGGGGUGUUAUCUUGCACUGUGUGACUCCAGUGGAGCCUCUGUUGCAGUGUGUCUCCCACACCAUCUACUAUCAGUCUAACAUCCCACCUCUGGUGCCCAAAUUCAUCCUCAAAGCAGAGUGCAUUCAGUUUGAGCGCGAUGUGAUGAUCUGGAACAAUAAGAAGUACAUCUCCAAGCCUCUCCUCGUGAAGGAAGACUCAGCCAUCCAGAAGCACAGGCGCUGGUACAGUCAGUUCUACAGCGAGAACAGCCCGCGGCUGCAAUACCAGCGUGACACUUUGGACUUCUGACCUCCCUGAACUAAAAGUGGAGAGAUCAGCAGAGAAGAUGUCAGGUCAGGGUUGACAUUAAUCAGAAGUGUCAGAGGAGGGGAGUCCACAAUUGAUUUUCUUCUGUCACAUAUACAGUAAUAAAUUAAAGGAGGAAAAGGAGACCUGAUUUGUUUGUUGGGAUGGGGCUCUUUUAAAAGCCUGAAACUUAUGUUAAACCGUAUAACCGUCUCUUCUUCUUCGUCCGCUUAUCCGGGGUCGGGCUGCGUUGGGCAGCAGCUCCAGCGGGGGACCUCCCAAACUUCCCUUUCCCGA